CUAGCUCACCAGUUACCGUUUGGAGACAGUCGCACACGGAAUAGCUAGCCAUAGCCUUUUUGAGUGGCCGUCCACCAGUGGUGUGUCGGAGCGGUACAGUAGUGAAACGAAAACGGCUGGAAGUAAAGUAAAGCUGCCUUAUCGUUGGAGUGUGGUGCUUAUCGGAGGUGACUCAGUCCGUGUUCUUGCUGCUUACCGUCAGCCUAGGCAGUGAAAAGAGAUCGGACACUGUCGUGAGCCUAGCCUCUAAUAGUGAAUCGCGUGUCGCCGUUUCCACGCAUCCCAGAAUCGUUUUUGCGCGCCUAUAUUUUUUUAAAUUUAUUUGCAACCUUUUUCAAAUAACGCCAGAAGCAGAACCACCUACCAGCAAUCAAUCAAACGAAACAUGUCGCAGCUCAUCAAAAAUAUUCCCCGUCGGCAAAGCAUUCCCAUACUGUACACCCGCGGGACGCACUACGAUGUGGGAUACGAUGUGGGUCGCACGUUUGCAUCGAUCAUAAAAAACUUUUUACACCUCUCAGAACCGCUAAACAACUCUUAUCUGACAUUGUAUAACACCGAAGAAGGACGAAAAGUUUACAACGCCACUCUAGAAAGCGUGAAGAAAUCAUUCCCGCAGUACAUCCGUGAAUUGGAGGGAACAGCAGACGGCGCCCAGGUGGAGUUUCACAAGCUCUUUCUGCUACAUUUAGAUGAAAUCUUGCCAGUAUCGGUCGACGGGAACAACAGCAUCAAUCAACCGAUCGGCUGCUCCACUAUCUGCGUCAACGAGCCUGGUUGUGAAAUUCUUGCCCAUACCGAGGAUGCACUGUCCGAGGUUCUGAACCAUUACUAUUUCGUGUCGGCGCAUAUAAUUUCUGACAGUCCCCAGGGUAAAUAUAAUACGAUAGAAGAGCGCUUCACCUCGCUCUGCUAUGCAGGCCAUCUACCCGGAUACACCAUGAACUACAACCACCAUGGGCUGGUUUUCUCUAUCAAUACGCUCAGUGCCAGAACGCUCAUUGGUGGUAAAACCCCACGCCAUUUCAUCACCAGAGCACUGCUGUCGGCCGAAAACUUCAUACAAGCACAACAAAUUUUGCGUGACAACGGCGUUGGGGCUGCCGAUGGAUGCUCGAUCAACAUGACGUUCUUAAAGCAAGAAGGCGAUCGUUUGUUCCAUAAUGCCGAAAUGGGUCCAGCGGAGAACGCUGAGCAGUCGCAAUUGAAUAUCUUCACCGCCAGCCCAGGUGAGUGCAUCAUUCACGCCAACAAGUACCUCCGACUGCCGGUACCGGAAGUGAAUGGGCUUAUUAUAGACUCGAGUGUCGAGCGGAUGAAAACGUUCGAAGGCUUCAAAGCGCCCAAAACCGUGCAUGACGUGAUAAAGAUGCUGGGCGACACCAGCGCCCAGGAACACACGGUAUUUCGCGAGAACGGCCCGAAAGACGUGAUCAAAACCGUGUGCGUCGGCAUUUUCGAUUGCAUCAAACGUACCUGGACGCUGUACUCGGAUAACCCGAAAUUCAACGCCCCACUCGUGAUGCUACCGAUUUCGCUCAAGAAUUAAACAGCGAUCAGCAUUGGCAUGUGUUUGAGACGUUGGACGCUCUAUAUCCAUUUUCUUCAAUGAGAAUUUCCGUGAAUCAAACAAGGUUAAGAUCAUUGUUCGCAAGCACCUCGUUUACCCCACAUUAUCGCCACUGUUCACUAGCAUUGCUUAUUGGAUCGAAAGUCAAUGUGAUAACCGAAUCUAGCUUAGCGACAGGCGUUCCUGUGAAGGCUAUACCAACUGCGAGCUUACUUUUGCUGGUAAUUGUAAUUCUUUUAAAACCUAUUUAAAGACGAAUAAAUGCACUGCUCAAUGAAAGCUAGGCUAAGCUGUUUUGCUGCUUCGCACGAAUUCAACGAAAAUCAAAAUAACAUUCUUGUUUAUGUAUAACACUGUAAUCACGAUCUUGCGCUCAUUUACAUGUUGUCAGCGUUUGUCACUACGUACCUCACUCUCUUCCACGAACAAGGUAAUCUACUUUAGAGCAUGAUGCAUACAUAAACCACCAGACUAGGUCAUGAAUAUCGAAAUAAAACGGUUCAAAGAUCGUGAAACGAUUUAUCUGUUUGUAUUUAUUUACAUUUAAUUGCUACUCACACCCGCAAAGCGGUGGGCGCUCUACCACCACAUUUUGCCGCUCGCUAACGACCGACCGAAAACGGAUACAACAGAUACUAAAUCGUCA